AUGGACAUCGAUAUCAUCGACAUCCGGACACUAGGCUACCUUUCCAGUACAAGCACGGUUGUGUCCGCAACGACGAUCGGCAAUCUGACGUCGGUGAAUCAAACCGACGGGUCGGGCGAUGGCAGUGGGAGAGGUACGGGUGCGGGCAGUGGCGCAGGAAUUCCGGGUGGAGCCGGGGAGGACAGCGAUGAUGACGAUGUUGAUGUCCUAUCGCCCCUGUCGAUGUCAUUUCUCGGUGUUUUCCUUUCGAUUGUGAUAUUUCUGUCAGUAGCUGGCAAUAUUCUAGUGUGCAUUGCUAUCUACACUGAGCGAAGUUUGCGACGCAUCGGAAACCUCUUCCUAGCAUCUCUGGCCAUCGCAGAUCUGUUCGUUGCCUCGCUUGUGAUGACUUUUGCCGGUGUCAACGACCUUCUAGGUUAUUGGAUAUUUGGGGCACAGUUUUGCGACACUUGGGUCGCAUUUGACGUGAUGUGUUCAACUGCUUCCAUUCUAAACCUGUGCGCAAUCUCACUCGAUCGAUACAUCCACAUCAAGGAUCCGUUACGAUACGGCCGUUGGGUUACGCGGCGUGUAGCUAUCGGAACAAUUGCCGUCAUUUGGCUACUUGCGGCACUCGUUUCUUUUGUCCCUAUAUCCCUCGACCUGCAUCGAGACAAAAGAGACAAAACGGACACAUCGCUCAAAAUCAACGGCAUCAAGUACGAGACCUGCGCUCUUGAUCUAACACCAACCUACGCUGUUGUAUCUAGUUGUAUAAGUUUCUACGUACCUUGUAUAGUUAUGAUCGGUAUCUAUUGCAGGCUAUACUGCUACGCCCAGAAGCACGUCAAAUCUAUACGUGCCGUUACGCGUCCCGGAGAGAUUAGCGAAAAACGAUAUCGCAGUAUACGAAGGCCCAAGAGCAGCAAGAACAAACUCAAACUUCGCCAACUCGCCCACCACGCGUCAUCGCCGUACCACGUGUCCGAUCACAAAGCAGCGAUCACCGUCGGUGUGAUAAUGGGUGUGUUCCUGAUCUGCUGGGUGCCGUUCUUCUGUGUAAAUAUCAUUGCCGCGUUCUGCAAGACGUGCAUCGGCCAGCAAACGUUCAAGGUGCUGUCGUGGCUCGGGUACUCCAACUCAGCCUUCAAUCCCAUCAUCUACUCGAUCUUCAACACCGAGUUCAGGGAGGCCUUCAAGCGCAUCCUGACGAGCCGGAGCUCAUGGUGCUGUGGUCAGGAAAUGGGUAAUAUCUAUCCGCGAAGCAGCGAUCGGUAUGUAACGGACUAUGCGGCGAAGAACGUCGUCAUGAACUCGGGACGGUCCUCCGCGGAUCUCGAGCAAGUGUCAGCAAUUUGA